CAGGGCCCCGGCCAAUGCGCGGAGCCAGCUCUCGGCGGAAGCGCGGUGGUGGAGCAGAGGCCGGAGCCAAGCGGCGGGCGAUUGGAGACCGCUGGGGACGAACAGGAUGGGCAGCAGCUCGCUGUCCGAGGACUACCGCCUGUGCCUGGAGCGCGAGCUUUGGCGCGGCCGCGCGGGUGUGUGCGGGGACCCGUCGUUGCGCGCCGUGCUUUGGCAGAUCCUGGUGGAAGACUUCGACCUGCAUGGGGCGCUGCAAGACGACGCUCUGGCGCUGCUCACUGACGGCCUGUGGGGCCGCGCUGACCUGGCCCCAGCCCUGCGCGGCCUGGCCCGCGCCUUUGAGCUGCUGGAGCUGGCCGCCGUGCACCUGUACCUGCUGCCCUGGAGGAAGGAGUUCACUACCAUCAAGACCUUCUCGGGGGGCUACGUGCACGUGCUGAAGGGCGCACUCUCGGAGGACCUCCUCAUCCAGAGCUUCCAGAAGAUGGGCUACGUGCGCAGGGACAACCACCUCCUCAUGGUGGCCGCCCCACCUCCUGCCUGCCAGCUGGUGCAAGUAGCCCUGGGUUGCUUCGCCCUGCGGCUGGAAUGCGAGAUCCUGGGCGAGGUGCUGGAGCGGCUGGGCACCAGCGUGCUGCCGGCUGAUGAGCUGCUGCAGGCACGGCGGGCCAGCGCGGACGUGGCCUCCUGCGUGGCCUGGCUGCAGCAGCGGCUGGCCCGGGAAGAGGAGCCGUCGCCCCUGCCCCCACGGGGCUCCCCGGCACUGUACCGGCCCCAGCUGGACCUGUACCGGGACCUGCAAGAGGACGAGGGCUCAGAGGAGGCCAGCCUGUACAGUGGGCCCUCGUCAGGCCCAGACUCGCCCCCCUCAGAGCUGGCCUACCAGCCUCCACUUUGGGAGCAGAGCGCCAAACUGUGGGGUGCGGGGGGCAGGGUCUGGGAGCCGCCAGCAGAGGCUGAGGUGCCACAGCAGGCCAGCAGCCCAUCCUACAGGGCCUUGGAAGAGGAGCUGGAACCGGAGCCCUCGGCCUUUUCCUUCCUCUCACUGCGCCGAGAGCUGCUGAGUCGGCCCAGGGACCCCGCUGCUCCCAAAGCCCCCGGGAGCCCCAGACGGGCCAGACCCCAGCAUGAGCAUGGGCCCAUCCCCGAGACCCCCGGCUACCAGGCGCAUAGCUGCCUGGCCUCUGGCAUCCUGCCCACCCUCUGCUGUGACACGUGUCGCCAACUGCACGCUGCCCACUGCACCGCCCUGCCCGCCUGCCGUCAGGGCCACGUGCGGCGCAUCCUGCUCAGCGACACCCAGCGGCACCUCUGGCUGCAGCGAGCACAGGUGGACACCCUGCUCUACGAUAGCCCCGGGGCCCGGCCUUAGGCCCUGCCACGCCCUGGGUCAAGGGCUUUCUGGAGAGUUACUGUGGUGCUUCUCUGGGCCUUGUCCCUCCUCAGGCCUGGGCCACUGGCCACCUGCCCCUCCUACCCCACGAGGAGCCCGGCACACAGCGGGAGGGGGUGUGGAGCAUCCAGGCCCCACAGAGCAGGAGGUGGAGGUCUUGCAAGCUCCUGCCUGAGGCAGUCCCAUCCCUGCCCUCGGCACUGACUCAUGCCCAGGUGUGCUGGGUGGAGGGAUGUAGCACCUGAGCCUGUCCCCCUAAAGGACCCUCACCCUUCUCUCUCCCCCCCCCCCCACCCCACCGUAGGGGCCCAGUGAUCAGCCGGUAGCUCUGUUCCCUGCAGGUUGUGGUUCAGGACACGCUGCCUCCCUCCAAGGUUCCACAGGGACUCUCCACACAGGGGUGUCCUUGGGGGCCUACAGGUGACACUGUGAGCCCCUGAGCUCUGCUGGAAUGAGUCUGGGGACUCGCCAGGUGCAUGGCUAACUCAGCCUCUCUCCGUGGGUGUCACAGGCCACAGUGAACAAGCUGAGUGCUGGUUUGUGACCUACCCCAUGUGCCCCGGUCACAGCUGGGCAGGGAAGCUGGGUGUGCAGAUGAAGUGAUCUGAUCUGAAACCCGAGUGAGGAGGUGCCCGAGAACUCUGGAGAACAUGCAGCAAGAGGCGGGCGGCGGGCAGCCCGGACAGGCCUGCAUGUCCCUGCACUUCCAGGUGGAGUGUGGGAACUUCUGAGCAACCAGCACCCCAGUGGCCUCCCGGCUGCUGCUUCCUGCUGUGUUGGCUCUGGAAGGCAGGAUGGGAGGUCUCGAAGGCUUCCCACCCAAGCCACCCCCUGGGUCCAGUGGUAAAGAUGCAGCAAGCUCCACCCCCUGAGGCAGACUCCCAAGGCCAGGGAAGCAGGACAGCGGCAACCCCUUUUCCUUCGGAGCAGGGGAUCCCGGGAAUCACCAGCCCAGAGGACUGGAGGGGGUGGGUGCCUGUCUUCUGUGCUGGCCCCUCCUCACUGGGCACCCACCCAGCCCAUCUGUCCCGCCUCCCAGCCUUCCCAGCACUGGGAGAACCCAUCACAUGAAGAAUCAGAAGCUCAAAGUACAUUAAAGACACUGAACCCACUCGCCGCUAGGAAAGCUUUUAUCUCUCUGAGAUC